UUUCCUCCACUUUCCUCCACUUUUUCUCCACUUUCCCUCCACUUUCCUCCACUUUUCCUCCACUUUUCCUCCACUUUACCUCCACAUUACCUCGAUCUUCUCUCCACUUUACCUCCGUUUUUCCUCCGUUUUUCUUCCAUCUCUCCUCCGCCUUUCCUCCACCUUUCCUCCGUUUUUCUUCCUUCUUUCCUCCAUUUUCCUCCACCUUUCUUCCGUUUCUCUUCCUUCUCUCCUCCACUUUCCUCCGUUUUUCUUCCUUCUUUCCUCCGUUUCCUCCAUUUUACUCCACUUUCCUCAGUUUUUCCUCCAUCUCCUCCAUUUUCCUCCACUUUCCUCCGUUUCUCUUCCUUCUUUCCUCCGUUUCCUCCGUUUUUCUUCCUUCUUUCCUCCACUUUCCUCCAUUUUCCUCCACUUUCCUCCGUUUCUCUUCCUUAUUUCCUCCAUUUCCUCUGUUUUUCCUCCAUUUCUCCUCCAGUUUCCUCCGCCUUUCCUCCGUUUCUCUUCCUUCUCUUCUCCACUUUCCUCCAUUUUUUCUCCAUCUCUCCUCCACUUUCCUCCAUUUUUCCUUCAUCUCUCCUCCACUUUCCUCCACUUUUCCUCCGUUUUUCCUCCAUCUCUCCUCUACUUUCCUCCACUUUUCCUCCACUUUCCUCCGUUUUUCCUCCAUCUCUCCUCCACUUUCCUCCAUUUUUCCUCCAUCUCACCUCCACUUUCCUCCAUCUCUCCUCCACUUUCCUCUCCCUCUCUCCUCUGUCUCUCCUACCCCCCUCUCCCCUCAAACCCUCCCCCACCCCCUCCUCCUCCUCCUCCUCCUCCCCACCCACGCUCCCCCCCCCCCCCCCAUAGGUCAGUGCCAGCAUGGGGUCGGUGGUGUCGUCGUUCUUCCAGAGUGGCAGCGCCCUGCUCUCGGCACACCAGCAGCGCCAGGUUAGCGAUGGUACCAAGAAAACCAUCAGGGUGCUUUUCGAUGCCUUGCGUGCCAACCCCAGUGUGUCUGUACAGAGGCUGGAGGGGCUGCUGUCGUCCAUACCCAGGAACGAGAGCAUCCUACACGUACACAAUGAGGAAGGUUACAACUUGCUCCAGAAGGCGGUUGGUGUAAACAAUGUUGGACUAGCCAGGUGGUGUUUGUCCAGCCGGUCUGUGGACGUCAACCGCGGCGUCUGCUCCCUGCCUCUCCACGUCGCUUGUCUCAGAGGGUUGGAGGAGUGCGUUGAGCUGCUGCUGAAGGCUGGAGCUCGGGUGGACGUAGAGGCGAGGAUGUGCUGGCCAGGGCCCCACAAUGUCAACUGUGAGCAGAGAAACGGAGGAGCGAAUGCCAACUCC